AAGGACUCGUGUAGUCCGCGUAUUACCUUUGCGCUCGCCGGUCGUUUUCUUUCAUGUUACUUUAAUUACAUUUCAAUAGACUUUUAGUUAACAGUUUCAUGAAUUAUUAUUUUUUAUUGUGCUGUUUAUUUACUACAAAUUAGAACCUUUAACAUGGCACACAGUCAGCAUGAGCAUCAUCACUCGGGUCAUGAACACAUGGAGCACCAUGACAUGAAUCAAGCAGAUUAUACAAUUAUGAAUGAAGGUAUUAAUUCAACCUUAAGACAAGGCACCGGAGAUCAUCAAAGUCAUGAUCAUGCUUCCCAUGGUUCAAUGAUGGCUAUGACUUUCCAUGGCGGAUAUGUGGAGACAAUCCUCUUCUCCUGGUGGGAUGUAAAAGAAAUCGCACCAUUCAUUGGCUCAUUCAUAGCAAUCUUCAUCAUGGCUUUGCUAUACGAAGGGCUUAAAUAUUACAGAAAGCAUCUGCUGUGGAAAUCGUAUGCUGGUCUCCAGUACUGCGCGGUGUCGCCACCUGACAAGGGUGUCCAAAACAUAUGCAGCCCUGAUGAACCUCAAGUUAUACAGCCGGUGCCGCAUGCUCUGGAAAGGAAUGUACCGACGAUGUUAAGCGGCGCGCACGCCUACCAAACCGUGCUUCACGGUCUCCAGGUGUUCAUCAGCUACAUGCUCAUGCUCGUGUUCAUGACGUACAACACGUGGCUCUGCGUGGCCGUCGUGCUGGGCUCGGCCACGGGCUACUUCCUCUUCGGCUGGCGCGAGUCCGUCGUCGUAGACUUCACCGAACACUGUCACUGACACAAACUCAAAUAACGGGGUCGGGUGACGCAAAAUACGUUAUACUGAAUGAGAUCCGGAUUGGCUAUGGACGAACAAUAUAAAGCAUAGUGUUUAUUUUUAAGCAUAUACGUCCGCUGUUUAGAUUACACAU